ACGCUUUCUAGAAGCCGCAGAGGGAGGGGAGCAGGACGCCGAGCAUCCUCCUCAGAAGGAAGGGCCCCGCUAUGUUUUUAUCGCUCAGUUUAAUGGAUAAUCAUCUCUGAGCCCCGCCGCCAUGCCGUAGCUAAUCCACCGGGUGGUUUGGAUGAAGCCGAGCGGGGAUCUCAGCUGGCAGGGAGCCGGGCGGCUGUAACCGAAGCUGGGAGGAUGCACUGGGCUGCUGGCUUCGCUUCCUCCCGGCCGUGCGUGGUGGAACUGGGCCGGAACCACAGUCUGCCGCUCGGCCUCUGCGGCUCCGAGCAGCAGCAGUCCUUGUAUGGCUAUAUCAUCGCCUUUCCCCUGCAGGACUACGGAGGCAUCAUGUCGGCUCUGGUCUCGGAGUCUUGGUGGAAGAAGACGCUCUACAUCACCGGGGGGGCCCUGCUGGCCGCUGCAGCCUACCUGCUGCGUGAGCUGCUCGCCAUUAGGAAGGAGCAGCAGUUGGACUCUAAAGAUGCCAUCAUCCUACAUCAGUUCUCCAGACCAAAGAACGGCAUCCCCAGCCUCUCCCCGUUCUGCCUCAAGAUAGAGACGUACCUGCGCAUGUUAGACCUGCCUUACCAGAACUACUUUGAUGGAAAGCUGUCGCCGCAGGGGAAGAUGCCUUGGAUCGAAUACAACCACCAGCAGGUGUCAGGCUCAGAGUUCAUUGUGGAUUUCCUGGAGGAGAAGCUGGGGGUCAACCUGAACAAGAACCUCACCCCGCAGGAAAUAGCUGUUUCCAGAGCUGUAACCAAAAUGGUGGAGGAGCACCUCUACUGGACCAUAGCGUACUGCCAGUGGGUGGACAACGUAGAAGAAACGCAGAAGCUCCUGGCAAUGGACGGUCCUCUGAGUGACACCCUGAAGUGGCUGCUUAGCCACCUGAACGGCGGCAUGGUGCGCAGAGAGAUGUAUGGCCACGGCAUCGGCCGCUUCACCAAAGAGGAGGUCUACAUGCUAAUGGAGAAGGACAUGAGAACGCUGGCCACUCUGCUGGGAGAUAAUAAAUACUUCAUGGGCUCCAAGAUGUCAACACUAGAUGCCACAGUGUUUGGCCAUCUAGCUCAAGCUAUGUGGACGCUACCUGGGACCUGGCCAGAGCAACUCAUUAAAGGAGAGCUGAUCAACCUGGCCAUGUUCUGCGAACGGAUGCGAAGAAAGUUCUGGCCCGAGUGGUUUGUGGAUGUGGAGGAUCUUUAUUACGACGGAGACAGCGAGAGCAGCGGCAGUAGCAGCCCCGCCGGCCUGCUGGACUUUGGCCUGUUCUCCAGGACUGACACUUUGGAAGACAGCGACAGCAGCAGCCAGUCAGCCAGAAACACACACACUCCCUCCCCCGAGUCGGACCACUCGCUUUUUGACUCGGACGUUGGGACCGGCUCCGAAAAUGACAUUCAGCUUAAAGAAGAGACGAUGCCAGACCUGGAGGUUUGAGCUUCGACCGCUUUGACCGGCAGAAACUGGAAUAGGCAGCUGUGUGGUUUCACAUGUGGAAAACCCAGCAUGUUAAAAACUCCCUACAGACCGGGUGUUUAUAUGCAGAGGAUGCAACCUCAUAUUAGAACUUACCGUGUACCGUUUGUCCCCCUCCGCAUCAUGUGGACUGUCCCAGGGGCAGUCCCUCUUUGCCUUAUUCGCCCGAUCCUCAGAGAAAGUAAUAUAAACUAGACGUUUGAUCUCAUGAGAAGUGCAGCGAUGAAACGGGAAGUAAUGCAAAUGGGACAGGUGGCACUUCACUCGCCAUGAGACGAUGCUACUAAUCGCCACCCUGCCAUGUGUCAAAAUGCAUAAAUCCAUUCAAACAGGUGGAGAUCGAUCAUGUGGCUCAGGAGGAACAGCUGCAGUAUCUCUGCUGUGUACCAUCUGCGUGCUGAAUAGUAAGCAGACAGCAGCGGGUGUCACUUCCUGUCCGUCUCAGACCCUAGUGUCAUGUCCUUUAUGCUGCUGUGUAUCGUAGCUAUCUUAUUAUAACCUGGAGGUUUACUGGAUGGAGGGCAGAAGGACGAAUCUGUGCCUGUUUUAGUUACAAGUUUUCAUCUUAAAUUACUUUAUCUUCAUGCACUUUAUGUUUAAUGGAUUUUUUUUAUAGUUUCAGGGCAUUUUGUGUCAGAGAUGUAGUGGAUAUUUUUGACCACUAGAUGGAGGCAAAGGGCAGAGCAGAUUCCCGAGGAGGAGCAGUGAGUGAUGACUGCAGCCUGAAACUGAGCUCAGAAACAAACCAGCCUUAGUGCUCAGAAUAUUGUGACAUUAGUCAUUGUUUGUUUUACAGUUAUUUAUUAACAGUGCCAUUUGAUUUUUUUUAUGUAUUUAAAUAUAUUUUUGUAAUUUUAUGUUUUCUUAUCGCUUUAAGAGAUGUUGUUUUGCACUAGUGGAAAAUUAUUUUCACCUCAUGUGAAAGGAAAGAGUGUGCUGUUAAGGCCAGGAGGAUGUUUUGAUGGAUGUAAAGUUUCUGUUAAUUAUCCAGGCAGCGAGAAUGCAUCACUUCUAUUGGCUGAACGUCAUCAGUGAGAUGGUUUAAAACUAAAAGGUCGUAAUGGAGAGGAUAACAAUGUCAGCAUUAAGCAGUUUUCAGGUAGGGGAGCUCAAUAAGGACAUGAUUUAAAAAGAAUCACAGAGAUUGUUGGUGGUUACUGCUGCUAGAGACGUGUGAAAAGCCUCAAAAUAAAUUCAUGCUUUAAUUUUACACAGAUUUUCUUCUUAUUAAGGUUUAAUUAAAGUAUUUGUAUUUUAGCAGGAACCUACUAUUUUAAUAGCCUUUCUGUAUGUAAGACUUCCUUUGUCCUGUUUAUUAGGGUUGGGACACACAGAGGUUGUCCUCCUAGAUCAGAAACGGGGGGUCGAGACCCACAGAAGGACCAUGAGACAAAAACAUCUGGUCAAAAGUGGAUUGUCACGGUGAAUGGAGGGACAAAAUAUAUUAUGAAAUGCAUAAAUAUUAAUGCCUCAUGAAAUAAGCAGACAUAUUUUUUAUUUUACAUACUUAUUUAAUACAUAAAUUAAAUACUAGAUAUACCAUAAAAUGAUUAUAUAAUUGAAAAUACAUUUAAAACAAUGAAUUAAAUAAUUAAUCAUAGUUUUUAAGUAAUAACUUUAUGUAAAAAUAACAAUAAUUACUUUACUGAAGUAAUUUUUUUAUAAAUACAGAUUAGAAACCUUUCCUAUGUGUUUCUAUUGGGCCACCAGUCUGUUGCACUGUUCUUUUCAAAGGUUUCCAGGCUGAAAUGUUUAGUACCGCUCUGUAUAGAUGAUCCAUCCUCAAUGCUCCUUUUAUUCUCUUUUAAUACCUGGAGUUUAUGUUGCCAUGAACUCUGAUAAGGUUACUGGGUUCUGAGGAUGGCGAGGAAACACUCAGCAUCACAGCUCCCCUACCGUACCUAUUAAUCAGCAUGUGAUGCUUUUCUGCAUAUUUAUCCUGCAUUCAUGCAAAUAAUGAAUCAAUGACCGUAUUUUAUGUUGAAAAGCUGAGGUUCAUCUGACAGAAGACGUUUUCCUUUGGAAGGAACUGGAGUUUAGUGACGGCCAUGUUUACGUUUAAGGUUUUUCCUCACCUAAUGGAUGUUUUAGAGCCAUAUGCCUCUAUUGCGGCUGUUUUCGAACUGUGAGGGAUUCUUUCACCUCUUUUACAACCCUGCUCACGAUCCAAGUUUGCAAGAUAAAUAUGGGUUCUCCUAAAGCUUCAAGGCUAAAAAAAAAGGCCACCUCAUAUGUUCGUCCCAGGGAAAGAGAGAAACGUAAAUUACUAAUUAGAAAUUCCUAAAAACUUUAAUUUAAACAAGAUAAAUAAAAAUAUUAAAAACCUCAGUUCAAGUGUUAUGCUACUAGAAAUAAAGAUGAUUUUGUUUUCUGGCUUUUUGCACAUCUUUACCACAGAUACCAACAAAUAUGAACAGGAACAACCAGAGAAAGCGGUUUUUAGACCUUCUAAAAACAGGUGAGAUAAGCAGAAAUGUAAAACUGAUAAUGUAUCUGAAGUAUGAGCAACUAUUCUCAUCAAUGUUUUAAACCCUGAUCUGUCAGGAACAAGUCGUCACCAAACUGAUGAUUUCUCAGACUAAAGCUGUUUUAAAAGAGGUUUAUAAGUUUGUUUAAACUAGUUUCUGUCCCAGAGGAAAGAAUCCCUCUUUCAGAAACGACUGAAUCAGGUCUCUCCCCAGCCAGACGACCUCUCUGUUUUGUUUUGGUUCAGUCUCACUGCCCUCAUUAGCGUCCUUCCUAGAAGCAGCAGGCUGCUCAUUCAGCAAGGGAAAACUCAACCCCCCCACCACCUGUACAUUGAUUGCUCCAAAACAAAAUGGCUCACCAAUUAAGCCUGGCUGGCUGGUAAAUUGCACCAACUGAGGUCGACUACCGAUAUGAAGGUUUAAAAAAGUUUCUAUUGUUUUUGUGUUCUAAAUCUUUUUCAUCAGAGGAAACAAAGACUGGAAGGACAGGAGGUUUCUCAGGCGCAUAGAGAAAUGCAGCAUUGCUAAAUACCUACUGUCAUCCCUCCUUGCUUGUGUCUUACUUUCUGUUUAAAGAAAAUAUUUCAUAACAUUUAUUGUGUUUGAAAUAUUCACAUAAAUACCCUGAUACCAUUAAACCAGUGGCUCAUGCCUGCACUGCAAAGAAAGUGAUAUAACUAAGCCCAUUUUUACUUAAUCUAAGCAUAUUUUCCCUUGUUUUGAGCACAAUCUACAGAUUGAAUUCAAUUUCUACUAAUUAAUAUUUAAUAAGAUUAAAUCUCUAGUUAUAUAAACAAAUAUACACUACAACAAUCAUCUAAAAAUAUGUUUAAAAAAAUCUGAAAAUACAUGUAUUUUCCUCAACAUAAGAAAUUUAGAUAUUCUCUUGAAAUAAGAUGAUGAAGCUGUUUUGUUUUGUUGUUCACUGGAAAAACAUCUAGAAAUAAGUUAAAAUUUCCUAA